CGUUGCAUGUGCUUUUUGUUCUCCUGCUGAGAUUUUUUCUGUAGUUCUUUUUGGACUUGCGGUUUGGCAAUGCUCUAUGUGAUCUGUGAUUGACAAAACAAGAAGAAAAGUUUGCUUGCAUUGGUAAUAACUGUUGUCAUUAGCAGAUGAAAAAAUCUCUGAGCUUUGCAAUAUCUCAGGAUUUUAGCCUCGACUUUGUUGGAAGGAAAUGGUUGAGAUCAGAUUAGAGGAGGAACAUCAGGGAGAAGAAAAUAGGUCUUCAUAAUUUGCCAGGACGGUGAAAGAGAAGGGAGAAAGAAAAUGUCCUCUCGAUUAGAAGGAAAAAUAGAACUAGGACGAGAUGGUGUCUUGGAAAUGGAUAAUGACAAUUAGUGCCCGAGGGUGUGAAGUUGAAUCUAAUUGCUUCAUCUUCAUUGUAACAGAUGAAGAUACUCUGAACUUGGGUACGAUGGAUGCUUCCCAGUUGCCUUUUUUAGUUUCCGCUCCUCAGGAAGCUUUGCAUUAUGAUGAGCUCUCCAUGAAAGAGAGUUUGAACUUUUCGGAUAGCCUAAAGGAUUUGAAGGAUCUUAGGAAGCAGUUAUACUCAGCAGCUGAGUAUUUUGAAUUAUCUUACAACAAACAAGAUCAAAAACAAAUAGUGGUGAACACACUGAGAGAUUAUGCAACUAAAGCUUUCAUCAGCACUGUGGAUCACUUGGGCUCCAUGACUUAUAAGGUCAACUGUCUCCUGGAUGACAAGAUUGAGGAAGCAUCUGCAAUUGAGCUCAGAUUCUCUUGUCUUCAACAGAGACUCCGAAUGUGUGACGUGUUCAUAGACCAUGGAGGCCUAUCUCAGCAGUCACUAGCAAUAAGAACUCCGAAGCACCACAUGCGAUAUAUCUUACCAGUUUUACAAGCUAAAGACGGUGGAGUCAGCAAGAAUUUGCAAUACUGCAUGACAAAUGAAGUAAAUGGCGACAUGUCGGCAGGUGAACAUUGUAUGACUUUAGCUACCACUACGCACAUUUCAAAGAACAAGAUUGGUCUAUUAGAUGUAAAAAAUUCAUGA